AAACAUGGCGGAUUAGUGUGUGCAUGGGGUCUGCUAGCUGCCGCCCGUCGUCGAUAAAUUAAAGCUUAUUUCUCACAGAAAACGUCAUUUUCUUCAACAGGUCAAAAUGUUUCGUCGGUCUAGAUUUAGUAUUCGGCCCAAUGUUGGUACGGUAGGGAGAACAGCGGCAACACCUCAGGAAACCCCGUCAGCAAGUCAGGACGCCAGUGAGACCCCCAAAGACGUCAGUGAGAGCAGCCCUGCUACUGCAGUGACGGAUAACAAGUCUAUUGUGACCCCAUCAGAAAAACCUGCAGCCCCAGGGGAGGGUAAUGACCAAAAUGGGGAAGGUACCAGCUCCUCAGCAGCAGUCCAGAGGAGGAAGCGGUUUUCCAUCAAGCCCAAAGUGGCCCCAGGACGCCCCUCAGCCCUUCCUCGGGUGCCAAAAUCCCCUGCCAAGGCAUCCUCUGAAACUCCUAUAGAAGUCCCAGUCUCAAACCUUGACAAGCCAAGUAAAACCACCCAAUCAGCAGCCCCUCAGAGACUCCAGUCCCCAAGGCGACGAAGGCUUUCAGAAGAAACGAAGCAGCUCAAAACACAACCCAAACUCAGCCCUUCUGACAGUACAGAAUCACCAGCUGUUCCUCCAGCUGAGGACUCUCUAGAACAAUCCCCUCUGCCAGCAGAGAGCAGCAAGGAAUUGGAAAGCACGUCAGGCAGUCAAGUGAAAGAAGUUCCUUCUAGACCACCAGAUAAAGUCCCCCCCUCUCUCCCAGACAAAGAAGCUUUUGAGAUAUCAGAGAAAGCCAAGACUCUUGUGUCAUCCAAGAGUGGGCUUUCAUUGUCAGCACCAGCGUUCUCUUUGAGUAGACUCCUGAAUGACCCAUCAGACUUACAGAGGCUCGCCAAGGCCCGAAAACUCAGAGAGCUGCUCAAGCAAGAGAUGCACAAAGAAAAGAAAAUAAAGAAAUUUCAUGCACGUGCAAAGGAAUAUACCAUAGAUCCUGCCAAAAUGACCAUGAGGGACCUUAUCCGUUAUCUGCCGCUGUCUAACCCCAUGACAUCUAGUUUAGAAGAGUCGGUUCCCGAGAAUGAGACUGUGGUCCCACCUUCUCCAGUAAGAGAAGAGUUACCAGAGAGAGCGCAGACACCUGAAGCACUCCCUAAAAUAGCAAGCCCGACGCAGGAGGAAGAGGCAGAGCCAGAGGAAGAGCAGGAUGAUGGCAUCAUGGUUCCUCAGGUCAAAGUAGCAGAGGAUGGCUCACUGAUCAUUGAUGAAGAGAGCUUGACAGUGGAAGUCCUGCGAGCCAAAGGGCCAAAUCCAGCGCAGGAUCGAGACCCCAUAUUUGAGCGUGGCUCCACUACAACCUACUCAAGCUUCAGGAAAGGGACCUAUUCGAAACCCUGGUCCAAUGAAGAGACAGACAUGUUCUUCCUGGCAAUUAGCAUGGUGGGAACAGACUUUUCCAUGAUUUGUCAACUGUUUCCUCACAGAGCCCGAUCAGAGAUAAAGAACAAAUUUAAAAAAGAAGAGCGAGAGAAUUCCUGGAGGAUUGACAAAGCUUUCAGAGAGAGGCGUAAAUUGGACAUAGAGUAUUUUUCUAAGCUGCUGGAGAAGAUUCUGGAAGUUCAGAAAAACAGGAAGAAACUCAAGUCACUCGCUGAGAAGAAACCCCCCAAGAAGCAGAAGAGAAAGGGCAAAAAAGCUGCAAGGAAGCUUAGUGUUGUGGAGGAGGAAGAUGAAGAGGAGCAGAAUGAAAUUGCUGACUUGGAGGAGGAGGGGGGAGAGAAGGAGAAUGAGGACCUCUGUAAUGAAGGAGGAACCACUGUUGAUCAGCCUAAGAAGAAACGCAAAAGAAAGAAUAAACAGGAUGCCUCAGCGGAGGAACCAUAUGACAAGAAAAAUAAAACAGGCGAAAUAAACAAUGAACAAGAUGAGGCCCAUAUACCCGGAGACACUGAGGCAGCCCUUCCUGAGGACCGUCCUAAAACAGAAAUGUCUGAAAAGACUGAGAGCUCGAAUGAAGCCAAGGACACCACAAUCAAGCCAGCAAAACUCUCACGUGGCAGAGCACCAAAACCACUACUGCCUUUGGGACGGAAGUGGGAUAAAAAGCCUCCAGCACCCUCAACAAAAGCCAAUGAUACUGCAUCAGAUAAAGUGGAUGAGAGUGUGAUUGAUGGAGCCUCUGAAGAGCAGGUAAAUAAAGAGGCAUCACCCGAAAGGCAAGCCAAUAAGAGGAAGUCAGCUAAUGAUGACUAUUCAUCUGAAGAAGAGGAUUCCACUGUUCAACCUCCGAGACCUACCAGAUAUGGGAGAGUGCCUAAACCCACCAAGCCCUUGAACUACCCUGCCAAAGAGGCUGCACACUCCUCUGCAUCUGAUACCACUCCUGCCUCACCAGCGGGGUCCACGGCUUCUGCUGCCAGGCCUAAACCCAAAUGCACAGCCAAGAGGGGAAGAUCAUCAAAGCUACAAUCAGAGUUCAAAAAGCCUAAACUAGUCACCCUCAGGGCUUCUCAGUCAGAAUACAGCGAUGAUGAGGAUGAAAGGCAGAGAGAGGAAGAAGAUGUGGAAGAGGAGGAGCACCCAGCAUGCAGCCCCAUUAAGGACAGUGAUGCCCCCGUGUUUGUGCCCGCCAGCCUGCGCUCGCCGCAUCCUGUCAUUUCAGAAGUGGAAGAGACGAUGGAGGAGCUUGAUAUCUUGGCCAAUAUGCCUGAUGUGUUGGGCAUCUCCCAAGAUGCACUGUGCCCUGAUGGCACUUGCGAGCAGGCACAAAAUGAGACAGGCACAGCUGAACCCUGUGAACAUCAGCUGGACCUGCUUGUUGAUGUAAUAGAUUUCCUUUCUUCAGAACACACAGAAGUAAGCGAGGAUGAGAGCUACAAUGAGGCUGCUCAAACACUUUUGACCAUUGGCAACCUGGCUCAUCUCUCUCAAUCAGCACACAACCAAAUAGCCACACAAGAUCAAACAACAGGUACACCAUCAGUCUGUGUGAGUGAAACCAGCCAACACGUAGAAGAAGAGAUAGCCUUAAUGCCUGCCGCACAAGAGGAAAACAGUGCCACCCUUCUAAUGUCUCCGGCCCCUGUUCAUGGGGUCAUAGAAACAUCAGAAACGGUUACCACUGUAGAGCUUCAAAGCAGCUUAACAGACAAUGAUGAUGUACCUGUUAUCAAAUCCAGUGAUGAAAGGACUGGUCCUGAUAUGGACCCUACCCCUCAAUUGCACUCUAGUCUGGAGAGCUCAAAGGAAAAUUCUCCACAGACCAAGAGAGGACACUUUUCCCAACCAGAGAUGUCAACGGGACGGACAGCUGAAGAGAGGCAAACAGUUGCUCCUGGCCUUUCUCGAGCCACUGAGACACUGUCAGCUGCAGUGGAAACGCCUAAGUUAGCAGACUAUAGUCAAGAAUUUUUAAAAGAUGCAAUUUCUUGUUUUGAAGUCAAAUGUACAGAAGAACAAUCUGGGUCUGUUGGUAAACUAUAUUCUGGUGCGGCAACAUCAGAUCAAAGUGCCUCAGAAAACCGGAGUGACUACUUUUCUGAAGCCCAGUUUGAACCCAGUUUGGAACAGACCACCAGAGACUCAAGGUCAACAUCUAAGCCCACAGAUGAAGUAGUGAUGUCUCAUAUUGGAACAACUGAUAGUAGCCAUAAUAAUCAGGUGACAUCUCAUGCAGUAGUCACAGAAUCCCAGCUUGGACAAGGAUCAAAUAUAGACUUAGUCCCAGACCAAGAGAGCAGCGACCAUCCUGCUUCAUGUGUUGAACCUAUAGAAAAGUUACCUGUCAGUCAGGUGGAGAAGAGUGAAGUUGCUUCUACUCGCCCGACCAGGAGUCGAUUCCAAAAAGUCAAACCUAACCUAGCACCAACAUCAAGGGCCGUACGUUCUAAGCCUGAAACCACAAAAGACGCAAAGGAGAAAGACUCCAACCCAACACCAAACCCCAAAUUCUAUGAAAAACCAACAGAAGUGGUUAAUGCAGAGCCAACAUGUACCACCUCUGCUCAAAAAACAAAUCUAAUUCCCGGUCCUUCUCCAGAUUUGAUAACAUCAUUGGAUUUAAGCUCCACUCUUACACCAACAGAGGAUCUGUCUAGGACUGAGGAGAAACAGAUAGACGUUGGAGUUGUUGGACAGGUACAGUCAGAUGCGGCAUCAUCAAAUUGGAGUGCCUCAGAAAACCAAAACUUCGCUGAAGACCACUGUAGGGAACAGGCCACCAGAGACACAAGGCCAACAUCUGAGCCCACAGUCAGGGAAUCACAAGUUGGACAAGGGUCAACAAUAGACUUGGCCCCUGUCCAAGAGAGUAAUGAACAUUCUGCUUCAUGUGUUACCCAUGAAGAAGAGUUACUUGUCAGCCAGAAAGAAAAAAGUGAAGUUGAAUCUAUUUGCCAGGCUAGGAGAGGUCGAUUACAAAAAGUCAAACCCAAACCCAACUUACCACAGACAUCAAGGAGCGUACGUGUCAAACCUCAAACCACAAAUGAUACUGCAGAGGAGGACUCCAAUCCAACACCAAAACCCAAAUUACAUGAAAAAACAAUAGCUGAGGUUGAAGCAGAAAAAACAAGUCAAAGCACUGGACUUUCUCCAGAUGUGAUACCAUUGUUUGAUUCGGGCUAUACUCCGACACCUAUGGGACAAUGUGCAGCUGUGGCGAAACAAACAGAUGUUGGAGUUGUUGGACAGACAGAUUUAGAUGUUGCAACAGCAGAACAGAGUGCCUCAGAAAACCAGAACCGCUCUGAAGCUCAGUUGGAAAGCAGUAGGGAACAGGCCACCAAAGACACAAGGACAACAUCCACAAAGUCCAUCUUUGAAGUACUGAUGUCUCAUGUUGGGACAAUUGAGAGCAGUCCUAAUAUUCUGCUGACAUCUGAUGCACCAGCCACAGAAUCACAGACUGGUCAAGGGUCAAACAUAGACUCGGUCCAAGAGAUCAACAAUCCACUGGCUUCAUGUGCUUCACCUGUAAAACAGUUACCUGUCAAUAAGAAAGAGGAAAGUGAAGUUGCAUCUACCUCCCAGACCAGGAAGAGUCGAUUCCAGAAAGUCAAACCCAACCUCAACCUUGCACUGAUAUCAAGAACUGUGCGUUCUAAAUCUCCAACCACAAAAGAUUCCAUUAAGAAAGACUCCAAUUCAACUCCAAACCCCAAAUUCAUUGAAAAAACAAUAGCAGUGGUUGAAGCAGAAUCUACGUGCACCACCUCAGCUGAACAACCAAGUCAAAGCACUGGUCCUGGUUCAGAUUUGCUACCAUCAUUUGAUUUAGGCUCUACUCUAAAACCUACAGAGGAAUUAUCUACAACUGUAGAGAAGAAAACAGAUGUUGGAGGUGUUGGACAGGUCAAAUCAGGUUCAGAAACAUCAGAUCAUAAUGACUCAGAAAAACAAAACUUCUCUGAGGCCCUACCAGCUGGCAGGGAGCAGGCCACCAUAGACGCAACGCCAACAUUGGAGUCCACAAAUGAUGUCCCAAUGCCUCAUAUUGAGACAAUUGAGAGUAAAUGUAAUAGUCCGCCAACAUCUGAGUCAGCCGUUACAGAAUUGCAAGUUGGACAAGAGACUAAAGUCGAAUCUCCCUGUCAGAUGAAAAGAGUUCGUUUUCAAAAAGUCAGACCCAAACCUAUCUUACCACAAACAUCUAGGACUGUGCAAUCUAAAUCUCAAAACACCAAAGACCCUAUCAAACCAAAGCAGCUUGGGAAUGCACCCUCCAGUCCAACGUCAAGGCCCGAAUCAAGUGACAACACAAUAGAAGAGGAAAAACCAUUGCCAAGUUCCAGCACCACCCCUCCUGAAAAUCUAAGUCAAAAUAAAAGUACUGGCUCUGCUUCAGUGUCUGUACCAUCAUUGGAAUUAUGCUCAACUACAAAGUCUUCAACUGAGGAGCAAAGGACAGAUGCUGCAUGUGGAGUCGACUCAAAUUCAGAAUGCUCAGAAAAGAAUGUUCCUCAAAGUAGGCGACGCUUUCCCAAGGUCAAACCCAAACCCAAUUUAGGAUCAUCUCCUAGAAUUACACGUACGAAACUGCUGUCAAAUGAUACAAGUGAACCCUCAGAACCGUGCCAUAUGGACACCUCUUUAACCUCAGAACAACAGCCUGUGAACAACAACAAUGCACAAAAAGAACUCUCCGAGACAGACAGGAAGCACUUGCAGGUUGCGGGCAAAUUGUCGUUGUUGCCAGACUUAAAUCCUAGAGUUGAACAGGAAUCCACAGGGGACCAAGGGUCAAAUGACAGGACGGAGGCUAGACCUGCUUCACAAUGGGAACGGAACCAGGUCAUGUCCAUCAAAGCUGCAGAAAAAAAGACCCAACCAACAGAUGAUGCGACUGCAGUUUCAGAUGUCCAGUCUAUAGAAGACAGCUCAGUGAAGUCAAAGAUUGAAUCUUUACUUCCAACUUAUACACAGGCCACACCAGAUGCAAAGGAAAGUUCUCAGCAGCCUCAAUCAGAGAAAAACUCAGAGGCACAAAGUCAAGAUGCAAUUCAACAAUGUUCCGAAAACACUGAAGCUAAUCAAACAGCUGGCAAAAGCACUGACGAUAUUAAGUCAGAGCCAACUGACUCUCCCUCAAGAAAAGCCCCUCAGAUUCGUAGAGGCAGGCUUAUUAAACCCAAACCCAGCCUGGGACGUAGCCGCCGACCUCCACAAUCUGUGCAGAGUACGACACAAGCAGAUGCAGAUUCAAAUACUCUCUCAGAAGUUGUGGAUACCUCAUUGUCUCACAAACCUGUGUCUGAACACCAACCUGACAUCCAAGAACCAGUAGAGGGUACUGUUGAACAAUGUAACAACCCAGAUGUCUCUUCAAAUGAUGCUGGUUCCCCGCUUGGCUGCUUGACACAAGUUAUAGACCAACUCAAUCAGCAAGACUCUCCUCCAAAUGUUGCUGGAUCCUCUCUGGGUGGUGUGACACAUGCACCUGACACUUGUACUCAGAUUGUAUCAACAUUAAGUACAGGAGGGACUCAAGGUCAUCAAAGUCUCACAAUAUUUCCAGACAUGCUGUCACAGCAGGAGCCUUCAGAUCCAGAUGAACCAUUUUUCAUCCUCUCUCUGACUGAGAUCCCCGUCUGCUCGUCUGGAGAGAUGGUGGGCAGCGUGCCUGAGCCCCUCCCUUAUCUUCCUGUAACAGAUGCAUCCAUAGAGCAACAGAGCAUUGCUGGAAAGCGUUUGGCAGCAGCAGCAGCAGGAGAGGAGCCUCUCUCUGAAGUCACUGUACCUGUAACCAGAGUGGAGAGUGGCUUCGUAGGUCUAACAGAUAUUGGAUCUGACCCAGCUGCAUAUAAAGGUCCCAUCACGGAGAGUCCAAUAGAUCCACAUGAGAGCACUGCAGUCAAUCCAUCUGAAUUAUCAGAGUCUGUAGAGAAUAAUGAUGAGACUGAAAGCCCUCCUACAAAGCAACGACUAAUGGGCACCAGAAGAAGAGAACCAGCCAAACUGCCGGUAAAGCCCAAUUCUACAAAGAGGAAACAAGCCAGCAAGACCCUCCCUGCCAAGGAAGCAGAGUCAGUCCCAAUCCAAACACACACCACCCAGCACUCAGAGCUUCCUGGCUCUUCUGUGCAGCCAAAAGUCUUUGAUGUUGUCACUGAGCCACAGAAAGGAAGUGGUGAUCAUGUCGAGGUUGAAAGGGAGACUUUGACAGGUGGGGAGGACCCUGGGGAAAGCAGCUCAGGAGCUCAGACUACACUAACGAAGGGCACUAGUAGACGAAAUAGAAAACCUGAAAGUCUCUGUGAGAAAAACAACCCUGACCCUGCAAGCCGUUCUCCUUCUGGCAAAGCUGCUUCUAAAGGCUGUAUGGUCAAAGCUCCACGUGCAGCAGGAAAAAAAUCUACCCCAGCACCUGCAGCCUCAACAUCAUGUGACGUCGCUCCCACGGCCAGUCUGACACAGCCAGCAGAGGAAACCCACUCAACGCCCUGUACCACGUCACAGACAGAGUUUUCAGCUUCCCAGAAAAGUGACUGUCUGGAGAACAGCUUUAUAGAGGAGGAGCCCACCAGUGUGUCUCAAUACUUCUUAAGUGACAUUUUUACAAACGCCUUUGAUGAAGUUGAGCCACAGAAAGAAAGUGGUGAUCAUGUAGAUGCUGUAAAGGAGACUCUGACAGGUGGGGAGGACACUGAGGAGAGCAGCUCAGGAGGACAAACUUCACAAACACAGGGUGCUAGUAGUCGGAACAGAAAAGACCUCCUUUCUGAGACAAACAUUUCUGCUUCGAGUGAUUCUCCUUUUGACAAAGUUGCUUCCAAAGGCCGUAAGGUCAAAACUUCAUGUGCAGCAGGAAAGCAAUCUACCCCAGCACCUGUAGCCUCAAUAUCAUGUGAUGUUGCUCCCACAUCCAGUCUGAUACAAUCAGCAGAGGAAACCCACUCAGCAUCCUCAGCAACAUCACCAACACAAACACAUGUGGAUGCCGAACAGACUCCUGAGCACAGCCGAUUAUGCUCAGACACAGCUCCAAGCACUUCCCUGUAUGAAGCUGAGGUUUCAGCUACCCAGCAAAGGGACUGUCUGGAAGGCCGCUCUAUAGAAGAGGAGCCUACUAAUGUGUCUCAGUACUCCUUAAGUGAUAUUUUUACAAAACCCUUUGAUGAUGAUGUCACUGAGCCACAGAAAGGAAGUGGUGAUCAUGUAGAUGUUGUAAAGGAGACUCUGACAGGUGUGGAGGACCCUGAGGAGAGCAGCUCAGGAGCUCAAACUACACGAACGAGAGGGACUAGCAGUCGGAAUAGAAAAGCCAAAGGUUUCCUCUCUAAGACAAGCACCACUGCCUCUUCAAACGAUUCUCCUUCUGGCAAAGCAGCUUCCCAAGGCCCGAAGGUUAAAACUCAGAGCGCAGCAGGAAAACGAUCUACUCCAGCUCCUGUAGCCUCAACAUCAUGUGAUGUUGCCCCCACAGCCAGUUCAAAACAGCCAAACACUUCUCCGUGUCCAGCUGAGGAAAAUGAGGAGGAACCCACCAAUGUGUCUCAGUACUUCUUAAGCGAUAUUUUCACAAAAUCCUGUGAUGAUGUUGUCACUGAGCCACAGACAGGAAGUGGGGAUCAUGUAGAUGCUGUAAAGGAGACUCUGGCAGGUGGAGAGGAUCCUGAGGAGAGCAGCUCAGGAGCUCAGACUACACAAACAAAGGGUGCUCGUAGUCGGAACAGAAAAGCCAAAGGCCUCCUACCCAAGACCGCCACAGCUGCCCCUGCAAGUGAUUCUCCUUCUGGCAAAGCAGCUUCCAAAGGCCGCAAGGUCAAAACUCCAUGCGAAGCAGCACCUGUAGCCUCAACAUCAUGUGAUGCUGCUCCCACAUCCAGUCUGACACAGCUAGCAGAGGAAACCCACUCCGCAUCAUCUGUCACAUCACCAACACAAACAGAGGCGGACGACGAACAGAUUUUUGAACACAGCCAACUCUGCUCAGACACUCUCAGCACUCCUCCAUGUCUAGCAGAGGUUUCAGCUCCUCAGCAAAGUGAGUGUGUGGAGAGUGGCUCUAUAGAAGAGGAGGAGCCCAUCAAUGUGUCUCAGUACUUCUUAAGUGACAUUUUUACAGAAGUGGACGAGGGAUAAAGAGGUGUAGUGAGAGGCUUGCCGUUUUUACAUUUCUUUGUGUGUUAAGUUAUACCUAUGAAGUUUAAUUUAUAACUAAAAUUAUUUUUUUGUUUUUGUUGUAAUAAAGUGAAGCUAAAUUUGCUAUGCUUUUGAAAGCACUUUGAUGUACAGUAGUUUCAAUUUACUGAAAUGCCUUUUUUUUUAAAAAAGCCAUGAGUUCAAUAAAGUAUUGAAUUGUACUCAUUAAUAACUUAAAUGCUGGUAAAUCACAGGUUUGAUUCAAAGAGAUGGCAGCAUUUCCUUAUUAUUCAUUAUGUUUCAAGCCUCAGAUUCCCCGGUUUGGUUAUUAUUAACUAUCUGUGAAAAUGUAAAUAUUGUAUAAUAGCAAACUGGUUUUCGAUUUUUUCUUUUCUGUUCCUCAUCUGUUCCGUUAAUAGACAGACCAAAAUAUUGGUCGCAGGGAAAAAAACAUAAUCAGAUUACUUUAUCAUGUACAGUUGCCUUUUAAAAUGCCUCUUCUGUGUUUUUGUGCUAAUUUUUAAUCAUCUGUUGUAAUCUGAAACAUAUUUUUGGAUGUAUUGGAUAAAAAAACAAUGCCUUAAAAUUGGCUUUUCAUUUAUAAAAUGACAGACUGAAUUUCAUGCAAAUUCACCACCUACAGAGCAGAGAUAGUCAAAUUUUGUUUAAGAAAAAUGUUCUGUCGGCUAGCUUUUGUUAAGACUUUUUUUCUGUAUAUAAUGUUAACAAGUUAAAUGUUCAAAGAGGUCCUUGUACAGUUUCACAGCAUUCAUAAUGUUAUAUUUGAUACUUGAAACAAAAACACAUCAUGUCUUAUCUGUCUUAAAUGUUUCAUUAGUUCAUUAAAAGUAAAACAUGGAUUUCUGUAAGAUCUGAAUAAAAUGUAUUCUUCCAUCAACCUGAA